UUUAGCAGGUUGUAAGCUUCUCUAAAUCAUGAUGCACGAGUCGUUACUUAAAGAGCUUUGAGAAUUCAUUUUAGUUGUGAUUGAGGCCAUGAAUGUACAUCUGGCUUGUUUCUCUAGACAACGGAAGCAAAUGUAACAUCCCCCUUGGGGGAAACAAAUGUGUGCACUUUACGCUGCUGAAAUAUGCUUCCUGAGAACUCAUUUAACACGAAAUACUGUAUGGUCUGCACCCUAGGAGAAAUGAGUGCAACUAAAAAGUUCAGUUCUAUUGCAGGACCUUGACUGACGUAACACUUUCCUUUCACUCCUAAAUGUUUACAGCCUAAGCGCCAACCAAAAGAGGAACUAUGCCAUUUAACACAUGCGAAACCUGGCAGAAUCAAACUCUCAAACAAUCAAACUUUAUUUUUGUUGCUGUGUAUAGUGUGGUCUGUGUAACUGGAAUCACCCUCAACUCCUUGGCACUUGUGGUUUUUUUCUGCUGUACAAAGUCACGAUCACACACCACUGUAUACAUGACCAACCUUGCAAUAGCAGAUCUCCUUCUGGUUUGUACUCUACCAUUAAGGAUCUAUUAUCACUUGGGAUUUAAAAAUCUACCACAAAGGAUCUGUGAAGUCGCUGGUCUUAUACUGCUAGCCAACAUGUAUGGAAGCAUCUUGUUUCUUACCUGUGUUAGUCUUGACCGUGGCCUGGCUGUCUGCUUCCCUCUGUCAUCCCGAGUGCAGGAAGGACGCAAAAAGGCACCACUAGUCUGUGUGGGGAUUUGGAUGCUGACAAUAGGAGCCAGCUUUCCCAUGUACCUGCGUAAAGAAAAUAAGAAUGAAAACAAAUGUUUUAAAAACUUUCCAAUACAUGCUGUGAAACCUGCUGCCCUUGGCUCCUCACUGACAAUAGGAUUUGCGAUUCCGUUGAUUAUCAUGGUUCUCUGUUCAUGGGGGUUAGUACGUGCUGUCAGCAAAAGCACUGCAGUCCAGACAUCUGGCUUGAUUGAUAGCUGUAAGAUAAAGAGGAUGGUAACCAUUAACCUGGCCAUAUUUCUCUUCUGUUUUCUGCCAUAUCAUGUCAUACUACUGGUGAUUUACUCCUACAGAGAUCAUGCAGAAUGCAUACCUUCAUCAGUGAUGUCUGCCUACUACUAUUCUUUGAUGGUAACUUGUCUGAAUGCCAUUCUGGACCCACUGGCUUAUUAUUUUACCACAGAGACUUUUCGGAAAAAUGUCGAAAUAGAUGCUGUUCGGAGAAUGUUGCCCAUGAACAAUGCAAGCUCUGAUGGAAACACCCGCUCCAAAGCACUUGCCAGUACUUGAAGUCUAAAAUAUUGUUUGGCUGGAAAUAGCUGUCAUCAGAUAUAUGCAUCUUAACAAUAAACAAAGUGUAAAGUUGUUGACUUCUACAUCACACGGAGGAUGAGAAAAUCAUCUUGAAUUCUAGGAUAAGAACAGCAAAAUAAAAGCAUGUUACAUAUGUAAUUAAAAAAGAUGUAUCAUGUAACUGAAUUAGUGAAAAAUGAAUGAUAUGCAUUAAAUAUUAGUAGAAAUGAAUGAAUUAUUAUUUUUUGAAUUGCCUAUGGUUAUAAAAAUUCUACUGCAAUUAGAAAUAAAUUAUAUAUUAUUUACAUAAUUUGCAUAUAGUUAAAAAUUAUAUAUAAAUAAAUUCCUUAGUCAGUAUUGUAUUAUUUGUUAAUAAGCUGUUAUGUGGAAGAUACAAAUGAUGUUUUUAAUGAUAUAUGUAUUAAUUUCUUUUGUAAAUAAUAGACAAAAUGCAUGUAUAUGUGAACAAUAUAAUUUUUUUAUGUUGUUGUAAGAAAUGGAACCAAAUUGUCAGAACUUUCUUUGCUAGAAUGUAAACUAUCAUUGAUAUGCCGAUGAUGCUUAUUCAUUUUGUAAGAUUAACCCGAACCAUUUGCAGCAUAUGUAAUGAAUUUGUAGCAGGUACUGAUAAUGCUGGAAAAGUAUUUAUAUUACAAAAAAAUAUUCAUAUUGUGAGUAUCAGUGCUAAAGAUUGUGUUUUUAAUGAGACAGUUUUAGGUUCAAAUCCUGCCACCAACAAACAUUUAAAUUCUGAGAAGAAAAACACAUUUAUCUUUAGUUCCAUUAGCUACAAACCACUGCUUCCUGUAUUGCUCUUUCAUUUCAGUUCUUAAAAUGACACCUGUGCUAUGUAACAAACUUGUAUAUAACAAACAAACAAAUAAAUCAU